AUGGAACUUGGCUGGGAACUUCCCUUCCCUAUCAAUCUGUGGGAAGCCAAAAACUCUCAGAUAUGGCUUCUGAGGUUCAACGAGAACUUUGGACUUUCGACUUUUACAACAGCCAAUAGUCUGUUACACGGACCACGCGGCCUAGGGACGGCCUCUCUGACAAUUGCUACUCAGCAACUCAUGACCGAAACACCGGACCAACAACUUUUAGCAGCCCUAGAAGCAUCCCCCUUUGCCGCAUUUUGCGUUCUGACGAAUAUGGGUGCUCUUGUGCGGGACUUUACGCGGUGUUACUAUCAAAUGCCACCAAGUCCGUCCGAUCCGAAUCCGUUCCAUAUACUGACCCAGGGUCAGAAUAAACAAGUGCACACGGCAAUAGAAGCAAUCACGAAGAUUGUUAAGAAGCAGGCUUACACCGGUGACAGCCCCCAGUUUCUCCUAUGGAGAACGAACGAGCUCUUCAUCUCUACUAUCAAGAUCAGUCUAUGUCGCCCUGAUCAGCUCUUAAUAGCAGGUAUUGUGGAUAACAGCUUGAUAGCUGGGAUGGCUGCUUCCACUCAUCUGACCCAAGGGAACCUUGUCGCGAUUCGGCGAUCAGCACCUCUUAUUCCUCGCCACGUCGGUGGUGAUGAGGGAAUUGUGGCUCUUCUGAAUGAUUUAUCUGGGGCACUAUCUACCAUCUCCGGAGAAGAGCAGGAUAAAGUGGCCCGCGAAGCCCCCUGGGUCACAGUGGCCAGUUACGGUGUUUUACUAUGUAUCUGGGGGGGCGCUCAAACGCGCAAGCACCGAUAUCCGUCACCACUUGGACACUUUCAACGAACUCCCCAGGAUCUCUGA